AUGACGAAGCAAACCUCUAUAGUAAUAAGCUCUUUUAAGAAUUCGUCUUUAUCGAAUUUGUCAUCACCUUUAGGUGUCUCAGAAGUAUCUUUAGGUUCAGAUGUAUUACCAGAUUGUAUUGUCUCCCGUGUGGUACGAAGAAGUGCUCAACUAAAAUUCGAAUUUAGACUCAUCCUAGCACUUUCAGCAGUAGCAGUUAAUGGUGGAACUAUAACAAAAUGCAUUCUUCAGACUCAUCCUAGCCUUUGCUUUAAUCCCGAAAUGAAACAAAAAAACAAAAUCAAACCUCGAGCUAACUGUUGGAUGAGUUCACUAUUACAAAUUUCUAAUUGA